AGCUGCAAACAGGACCAAUCAUCGGCAGCGCUUGCUUUUGUCAAUGUGACAGAGCCUAAGACUGCCAUUCAGCCGAUUUCCAGCCGCAGACCGGGCUUGGACGGAGCCGGCGCGGCACCGAUGCUGCGGCACGUUUUGGCACUGGCAGCGGCUGCGGCCGCCCUUGCCGUGCCGCAACCAACUUGGCCGGUGGCCUUUGAAGCCUGGUACGUCUCGGAUUAUAAGCGUACCUCAGGCCUCUAUGCCACGGACUCCCGGGCGGGCGUAGCAGCCUCUCGCAUCACGUUUGCGGAUGGCACUCGAGAUCACUUGUGCUCGGCCUUUCACAACAACACGCGAUGCGAGCAGCUGAUGACGGUGGGCGGCUUUCGUUAUCUCUACUUCCCGCAGGUCAAGGACUGCUGCAAGUGCUGCACUUAUGCCACCGGGACCUACGAGUGUGGAGGCCCUGUUGGCCCGCGGUGGGUCAGCAAUGCAACGGGCAAUCUCCACUAUCUGGGCCGUGAGGAGGUCUUGGGCCGAACCUGCCACAAGUGGAGCGUUGCUGGCCUGGUCCCUGCGUUUCCCAAUUACUACUUGGAGGAUACUCAGACCGGGCGUCCCUGUGCCAUCGACGGCUACAACUAUUUGAGGAGACCCCAGCCGAGAGAGCGGAUGAUCAGUAUCUCUUUCAGGUGGAAGGCCUGAAUCUUUCGGUGGAUUUCCGGAGCUUCCGGGUGCCAGACCAGUGCCCGGGCUCCAGGUACUGCGGCGGCCAAGUCU